AUGAAGUUCAUCGCAUCCCUCACCUUUGCCGCCCUCGCAGGACUGGCUACCGCCAAGGUUAUAUUGACCAACAGCGACUACAAUGUUGUGGCCGGCGAGACCUUCACGUUGACCUGGGCUGAUGCCACGAGUGCCGUAACCAUCAACCUCAAGAAUGGUCCCGCGGGUGACUUGGAGACAGUCCAGACGCUCACAUCCAGCGGAGGCAGCCCCGCCGGAUCCUUCGCUUGGGCCGUUCCGUCGACACUUACCUCGGACACCUACAGCUUCGAAAUUAUCAGUGGUGACGAAUCCAACUAUUCGCCGCAAUUCCAGUUCUCGGGAGCGGCUGCCAGCACCUCUACGACCGAGAGCAGCUCAUCGAGUGAGACCGCUACUGCCACCGAGACCUCCACAACGACGACUGAGUCUAGCACUGCCACCUCUACAGGCAGCUCCACUCUGACCACGAGCACCACCGGCACUGCCUCGGUGUCUGCCUCGAGCUCUGCCACCAGGACUUCUUCCUCUGUGGCAAGCAGGACCUCCGCAGCUUCCACCUCCACCACCAGCAUUGUUAACACCAACGACGGCCGCGGACUCGCUGCGCCUGUGGCUCCCCUGCUCAUCGCAGCUGGUAUCGCUAUUGCCGCCCUAUAG